UGUGUGUGUGUGUGUGUGUGUGUGUGUGUGUGUGUGUGUGAGAGAGAGAGAGAGAGAGAGAGAGAGAGAGAGCGUACACACCGCGCUUUUUUUCUUUUCCGUUUUCUCCCCCCGCCCCCUACCCUUUACCGUUUCCCCAGGAAUCUGCGGAUCCUAACCUAACGGCGGCGGGAGAGUCGCGCGCUCACGGACAUCGGUAGAAGAGGAAGAGGAGUCGCGCGACCAUGUAUGUACCUGCGGCCCAGCCUGGCUGCCCUGCCUGCCCUGGCCCUUUGGCACUGUGGCCGGCUGAGUGAGGGGCUUUGAGCUCCUGGUAUGGGCAGCGUGGGCAGUGGAGCCUCCAGCCAGCGGGCCAUCACAAUGCGAAGUGUGGGCACACGAACCACCCCGAACGGGCCCCUGGCGCCCGCGCUGCCCCCAAACUCUGUCCGCCGGCGUCUAGAUGACCGCAGCUUCAGUGCUGACCGCCUGCCGGCACCGGCCACCAAGACAGCAGGCGUCACUGCCAACGAGCACUCCGAGCGUGCAGCCGCUUCUCACAAUGCUAAUCGGCAGCACACUGUCAACGGUGAGCGACUGCUCUCGAAUGCUUCUUUCUCCAAUGGGCCCAUGAGGAGGGAACCAGGCCACAGGCGAGGAGAGAGCCUGGAUCUGUGUGGAAACAGCAUAGUGCUCAACAACAACAACAACGAAAACAAGAACAGCAGCCAUCAAGCACUAGCGCAGCAGCAGCAGCACAAGGACAAGAGCAAAUCUAAGACGGACAGCCACAACCCUCCCAACAUCAUGCCCAUCUCCGGCAAGCUGGAGCAAGCACAGGUACAGCACGGCCUGAACAACGAGGGGAAGGAUCCUGACGCACUGGUCCGUCCCUCUGCCUUUAAGCCUGUGGUGCCCAAGAGCUUUCAUUCCAUGCAAAACCUGGUGUGCCCCCUUCAGACCAGUGUGGGUGCAGGCGGAGGCACGUCGGCCAGUGGUGCAAGUGAGAGAGGUGGCCAGGGAACCUCAGGAAUUCGCCCAGAUGAGGAAACCCCUAACAACCGAGGAACACACUCUGGUGGAGGUAUUCGAGCUGGCCAGGGCAGCCUGUCUGAUUCUGGCAGGAAUUCUCUUACCAGUCUGCCCACAUAUGCAGGUACAGGUUCAGGCUAUGGCCCUCCACCAGCCCUUGGGCCCCUCAGUGCCUCCACCAGCCACAUCAACCGCCUGGGAACUGCAACAACUGGCCUGGACAAGCCAGAUAAACCAGGCUACCAGAAUGGGCUGAGUGCCUCUGACAGUGGCCACUCAUCUUCGGGCAAGAGCUCGUCAUCUUAUCAACGUCUCAGCCACUUGAGUGACGCACCGGCGCCCUUGCGGCCAUCGCCAUCCUCCGACGACGUCAUUCGUGACCUGGAGGACCGCUUAUGGGAGCGAGAGCAAGAGGUGAGGAUGAAGAUGCUCCACAUGAGACGGAACCUGGAUCAGAGCGAAGCGGCAAUCGUGCAAGUGUUCGAGGAAAAGCAGCGGGUGUGGGAACGUGAAAUGGAAGAACUAAGGCAGAACUACGCUGGGCGACUGCAGCAGGUGACCCGACGUGCCCAGCGCUCGCAGCAGGCCCUGCAGGCCCAGAUCAGCCGUCUGCAGCAGGACAAGCGCAGGCUUCAGGAGGAGAUGACGCUGCUCCUGGCCCAGCGUGAGGAACUGGAGAAGAAAUGCCUGGACUACAGGAAGGAGCAGGCUGACCUCCUGCCCAAGCUGGAGGAGACCAAGUGGGAGGUGUGUCAGAAGGCAGGUGAGAUCUCCUUACUGAAACAACAGCUGAGGGAGAGCCAGGGUGAGGUGACCCAGCGUGCCGGAGAGAUGGUGGCCCUGAGGAAUCAGCUGAAGGAGCUGAACGCCCAGCUGAGGGAGCGAGAGCAGGCCGAGAUCAGCCUGAAGGAGUCCUUCUGCACCAAGACGCUGGAGCUGGAGCGAUGCGAGGCAGAACUGCAGGCCAUGCUGGCCGAGGUGACCGUCCUUAGAGACAAGCUGAGUGCAUUUGAGAUGGAGGUAGCUGGGCUGAAGAAAGCCCUGAGUGAGAUUAGCAGCACUGCUGGCACUCGUACCCCCGAAUCUGGCUUAGCCGACAUGGGUCAACUGGUGCUGUCUCGGAGUCGGGAACGCCUCCUCUCGCCCCUGAGCCCGCCAGAGACACCAAGCUCUUUGCCACCUCUUUCGUCACUGCCCUCUGUGCCCUCGUUGCCCCCUGUGCCCUCGCUCCCCCCUUUGCCAGCACUGCCUGCCCCGGACCCACUGCUCAACCUGCAGAGCGAUGAUUCUAAGGUGCAGCGGCAGGAAGCAGGCGACCUGCGGCGUCAGCUGGAGCUACUUCAAGGGGAGCUGCGUCUGGAGCGGCAGCAGCGUGAGCGCCAGGCACUCACUUUCGCCCAUGAGCGCCAAACGUGGCAAGGAGAAAAAGAGCGCGUGCUCAAGUACCAGGCACAGCUGCAGCUCAGCUAUGUAGAGAUGCUGCAGAAGAACCAGGCACUGGAGGAGCGUGUGGACCAGCUGGGGGCCCAGCUGGCCACUCCCAUCCUGGUAUCGCCGGCAACAUCAGCUUCACCGCCACCCUCUGCAAGUCUUGAUGUACCCACAACGUCACCUGUGGCUGUAUCAGUCACCUCUCCGACUCCCCCGGUCGAGGAGAAGAAGGUGCCCGCCCUGCACCAGCUGGCACCCCCAUGGCCCAUUCCCACUCGUCUGGAGAGGAUUGAGUCUACAGAGAUAUGAUGCCAGUAAAUGUGACCUCUUUGAUGCAGUACAAAAAAAAAAGAAACACUUAGAGCACCAGUUACAAUAGCGUUAAGUACAAACCCUUCUGAAACAAAAACGUCAUGUCUGUAACUUCUAAGGACAGUCCAAGGAUGCCCUGCUGAGUGAGGCAGACCUCAGGGUUGAGGGGUGCAAGUUGCUAAGUAAUAUGUUUGUGUGGCCUUAUGACUGACUUAGGAAAAGCUCUUGAUCCUAAAAGGUGUUGGUUUGGGUUGUUGGGGUGUAGGAAGAGCUGGCCCUAAGUCUGUAGCCAAGAGGAGCGGGAGUAGAUCGAACACUCAGGGGAUAAGGGAUCAGGCAUUAAUAAUCCAGAUUUAAGCCUAGACUGUUGUAUGCUAGCUCUCAAUGCACGGUUCCCGAUGUGUCACUAUGGCCACGUUCACACUGCAAGUCUUAAUGCUCAAUUCGGAUAUUUUGCUCAGAUCUGAUUUUUUUGUUUGGCUGUUCACAUUACCUUUUAAAAUGUGGCCUAUAUCAGAUACCGGUGUGAACUGUUUGCUGUUGAACUGACCCGCAUGCGCAGACGAACAAUAACAAUGACGUCACACGCAGCACGCCGUUGUGCUAAAGUUGGCGAGGUUAUGGAGGAAGUAAGCAUUUUCGCUUUUUUUCUAAAUGUUUGUGUAACUGUCGCACAGAGACGCAGUGUUUUGAAAAUUUUCGGAUGUCAAGGGCAACUUUUGAUUAUUAUUAUUAUUAUACACGUUUGUGUGCGUACUUGCCGGCGCAUAAUUGUGACGAAUGUCGAUGUAGAUUGACGUAAAAGGCGCAUCAAAUCCGCCUUGGUUGUUCACACUGCGGCCACAUUAGAAAAAAAUCAGAUUUGGGUCUGAUUCAGGACCACAUAUGGAAGUGGUCUGAAUCCGAUUUGUAAAAAAAAAAUCAGAUAUGGGCUAGAUUUGAGUGUUCACACUACUCCUGAAGAAGACUGACCUGGUCACUUGACCCCAAAAAAAUCAGAUUUGGGCCACUUUUACCUGCAGUGUGAACGGGGCUUAUAUAAAUCUAGAUCAACAGAUCUCAAGUUAAACUUUAAAAUUAACACAUACUAUUUAAAGGUGCAGUUUGAUAAACUAAAAAAAGUAAACAAUUAGUGUAAAUUGCAGUAUUUGCCUUGCAGCAGAUGUGGCUAGUUUCUUCGUUAUUGUUUAGAUUUAUCCGCCCUGGAAAUGAUUCCCACAGCUGGAACAGAGCUACCAACCUCCAAACCCUGUCCCUUAUAAGUAACGGGUCACUGGGGAGACACAGUCAGGAACUAUAAAGCUAAAGAAAAUUAUGAACUGCUCCUUUAAAUAAUAUUUCUCCAGACCAUAAGGCAAACAAGAAAAAGAACAAUUAUAUAGAAUAGCAUCCAUAUUGGCUGAAAAGACAAAAAAAAAAAACUUAAUUAGAAACUACAGUGAGUGACAUGAUCCUCUUCCUGUAUAUGGUGCUUGUCCAUACCACACCAGUGUGUGUGUUUUUUUUUUUUUUUUUUUUUUUUUU